AUGUCGAGCUCGGAGGGAGGAGGCGAAAAGUCUACGGAAUGGGAGAAGAGUGGCUCGCGCUUUACUGGGUAUCCAAUCGAUGUGGCCCUCGACAUCAAGCCUGAAUACUUCGACCCAUGCCAGGAGGCUGCUGACAGAAGUCUGAAAUGCCUGAGACGUAAUGGUGGGGAUCGAGGGAUGUGCACAGAUUACUUCCAAGCGUACAAAGAUUGCAAGCAGAAAUGGAUGGAUGAGAUGAAAGAAGCGAAACGGAAAGAGGGCAAGUCGUGGUUCGGCUUAUGA